AUGUCCUGCGCCCCUGGAGCUGGCAGCGAUUUAAGGAGACCCAAGGGUCAGUUGCGUUGGGUCCUAAGGCUCAAUCUGCAAGAAUUGACUGGUGCCCUUGCUAUGAAAUUUGCUGUAGAAGAAAUCAACAACUCCAGCGCUCUCCUGCCACGCACAAGACUCGGAUACGAGAUAUAUGAUAGUUGUGGGACUUCAAAAGUGGUUCUACAAGGAGCCGUAAAGUUUCUGAGCGAAGGGAACAGCUCUGAGCUUCAUGUCCUUUGCAACUACACCAGUUACAAGACAAGGGUAACAGCUGUCAUUGGCCCGUCAACCUCGGAACUGGUCAACCCUACUGGAAAGCUCUUAAGCUUCUUCCAUCUACCCCAGAUUAGCUUUGAAGCUUCCGAUGAAAACUUUAGCGACAAGGCCAAAUUCCGAUCCUUUUUACGAACCGUCCCUAGUGAUACUACUCUGGCCCACGGAAUCACUCGCUUGCUGAAGGAAUUUCAGUGGAAUUGGGUAGCGGUAGUCGGAAGCAGUGAUAAAUACGGAGAGCAAGGAAUUUUACAAUUUGCAAACCAAGCUUCUCAAAAUGGUAUCUGCAUUGCCUACCAAGGUUAUAUUCCCGAGAACCCGAACAAUUCUGCCUUCAAUGGGUCGCUGCAAGAAAUUAUUCUAGAAAUCCAAAAGAGUAACGUGAAUGUGACCAUUCUGAUCUCUUCUAUAUACGAAACUCAGCUUUUUCUGUCGUCCGUAAUAAAAUCUAAAUUGAAAAUGGUUUGGGUUGCAAGCCCCAGUUGGUCUCUUUCCCAAACCAUUCAGCAAUUGCCUGGUAUUCAAGAUAUCGGCACCAUCAUUGGUUUUGCUGUAAGGAGUAAAAGGUUGCAAGGAUUUGAGGACUAUGUUCGGAAUAUAUUAUCUUUGAUUCAGGAGGAGAGGGACGUUCUUCAGAAGUCUACUACACCAAGUGAAGACAUUGUCCAAAAAUAUUUCUAUCAGAUCCAGGAUUUGCAGACCCGAUGUAAGGAGUGCGGUCUUCUGUCUCCAACGAAUAUCACAAAGAUAUUGGACCCCAUUGGUGAAAAUCUAGCGUACAGAGUGUAUUUAGCUGUAUAUUGUAUCGGCCAAGCUCUACACCAUCUUAUACAUGGCCCAGACAUGAAUUGCUCUGAUGAUGCAUCCAACCUACUUCCUUGGCAACUUCUGGAUGAAAUAAAGAGUCAGAGCUUCAGGCUGAACGACGAUACCUUUAACUUCGACUCCAAUGGAAAUCUAAACAUUGGUUAUGACAUCGUGACCUGGAGAAAUUAUGGUAAAAGGAUGUUUGUCACGGUGGGAGAUUUCCAGAAGAAACUGACCCUAAGGAGACUGAUGAUUGACUGGUAUACCACCAAGAUCCCACGGUCAACCUGCUCCAGAGAGUGUGCCCAGGGUCAGAUCAAGAUAACUAAAGGUUUCCAUAGCUGUUGCUUUGACUGUAUGACCUGUCCAGAAGGAACCUUUGUGAACUCCUCAGAAUGUUCCUCUUGCCCUGUUGGUGAAUGGUCUAAACCUGGAAGCAAAACUUGCCAGCCUCCAACCUUCUACUACCUUACAUGGGGGGACAGCUAUGUUAUUGCCAUUUUAAUAGCAAUGGUCGUUGUUAUGCUUCUCAUUUUCGCGGUGAUAGUCCUGCUAAUCAAGCAUCUGCACACUCCAGUGGUCUCAGCAUCUGGGCACUUGAUGUCCAUCAUUGGCCUGCUUGGUCUGAUCUGUAUGUGUCUUUCUGUAUUCUUCUAUAUCGGUGAACCUACACAGUGGAUGUGUCUCCUGCAGCAACCUUUCCUGUCCAUGAGCUUCACUAUCCUCCUAGGACCAAUAUUGGUGAAAUCCAUUAAACUGGUGUUUCCCUCUCCUCCAAGCAGAACGUACCUGCACUGGGUCCUUAAUCAGGGUAGAUGGACAAUCAUAUUAUCCUCUUUCCUGGGACAGGUGCUGUUUUGUGCCAUGUAUAUAAAGGCUUCACAAUCUUUUGCGAUGAAGGUGGCUGCUAUGGAUGUAGACUCUUUAGACAUCUACCUCAGCUGCAAAUACGAGCCUUUACUCCAGUUUGGGCUAAUGUUUGCCUACAAUGGCUUGCUGGUCUUAUUAUCUUUCAUCUGCUCAUUUAUGGCAGAAACACCAAUAAACAGAUACAACUCUGCCAGAGAUAUCACAUUUGCCAUGCUGGCUUUGAUUCUGGCAUGGAUUAUCUUCAUACCUACAUACGUAAGCACAGCCGCUGCCUAUAAAUCUCUUAUCCAAAUCAUUUUUAUUCUAAGCAGCUGUUUAGGAAUUCUGGCAACUCUUUUCUUCCCUAAAUGCUACAUUGUCAUCUUCAAAAAGGAACUGAACUGCAAUGAGUAUUUCGGGAUCUGCGACGAAGGCGACCAAUCGGAAAAGGAGAUGUAG